GCCCGCGCCGCUCUGUUGGCAAACUUUGACGCGCCCUGACUUUCACAGUGUAGAUGCGUUAGCUAGAAACUAUUUGUAAGCGACUGACUUGAAUUUUUUUUUUAUUUUCACGGUGAUAAGACGUCCGACGCCUCUAAUCUCAUUGUCUGACCGUGAGCGGAGCUAUAUUAUCCUCCACCUGCUCUUCCUUGUUUCGGAGUUUGCCCUCGGUUUCAACAGGAGCCUGACUUUCACAGCAAGGCAACUUCUUCCACACGUUGGUACUUUGGCACAAGCCGAGACAUUGUGUCCGCACCUCAUGAGCUACUGGAAGGAAGCACUUUUAUUUCCUUCACCUAAAGAGUAAACAUAUUGGCAGACGCAAGAGCUGUUGAAAGAAAAGCGGUCAAAGCGUCUUGCUCGCUGGGAAUUAUAAGUUAAUCGUUUAUUUGGAAGGUGAAGAGGACAGUUUGUUAAAGAGGACAAAGUGUUAACAGCACCAUGAAUGGAGCGAUGGUUUUCCAGAUGUGGAUCAUUUUAUUGUUGGCCACUUUAAGCAAAGUCGGGAAGGCUCAGGUCGCCAAUGCCAAAGUGUUGAGGGGCAACAGCAGAAGAGACGACAGCAAUCGCCCUGCCACAGACUUGUACCACAAGGACGAAAACAUCACAGUGACUCCAGCGGGUGGCGUCAUCUUCAGCCCAAACUACCCCAAAGCUUAUCCCCGCAACCUGCGUCUGUCAUGGAAACUGCUAGCGCCACCUGGGAACCUCAUCCACCUUCAGUUUGAUGAACAGUUCCACCUGGAGGAGCCUGCGAAUGGAAAGUGCAGUUAUGACUUUGUUGAAGUGGAGGAAAAAUCACAGACCAACACUAUAAACUGGGGCCGUUGGUGUGGGCAGAAAGCACCGUCCAGUCUGACUUCAAAAUCCAACAUGCUCAGAAUCAUCUUCAAUUCGGACGAUUACUUUGUGGCAAAGCCGGGAUUCAAAAUCUACUACUCACUGCUGGGUGACGCCAAUUGGGAGGCUGUCACUGAACUCAUGUCGGACAUGAGUGCAAACGAGAUGCCGGCCACAGAGGUUCCUCAGACGCUGGAGGACUUGGAUAGAACCAUAGCUACCUUUGACACUAUAGAGCAGCUUCUUCAGUCUUUGAGCCCAGAUACUUGGAGACAAGAUCUGGACAAUAUCUACACUCAAACAUACAUAUAUUAUAGAUCCAAGUCCUAUCAUCUGGCAAGCAGACAGAAUAAAGUUGAUCUGAAUCGUCUCCAUGACGACGUCAAGCGGUAUAGCUGCACACCUCGGAACUACUCUGUGAACCUUCGGGAGGAGCUGAAGACCACCAACGCUGUCUUCUUCCCUCGAUGUCUGCUGGUGAAACGCUGCGGAGGCAACUGUGGCUGUGGGACCAACAACUGGAACACCGGCUGCACCUGUCAGCCCUCGAAAACCACAACAAAACUACACGAGGUGCUGAAGUAUGCCCCAGAGACCACGCCGUACAAGCACCAGCAGAGGCAGCGGGUGCGCUGGGUUAUUGAUGAAAUUUUCCUCUCGCAUCAUGAAAUGUGCGAAUGUGCGUGUCCGCUGCAGCCUCCUCGCUGAGACACUGAUUCCGGCUCGUGCGUCUAGAACUGAUGGAUGAAUUCUUCUUUUCCCUGUUUCGCAAUGGACUCUAUAUCCCAAACAGCACCGCUGACAAACAUGCAGCAGAAAAGAGGGCAACAAUCUGACUGAUGCACUGCAGCUUGCAUUGUACAAAAUGACAUUUGCUUCAGAACGUAAAUGACUCUCUGAGCAUAGAUUGCUUUCUUCCUUUAGAAGUGGACAAAAGUUUCCGACGAAAACAAUUUCUCGUGUUUCUUUACGCCUUCUCUGUCCGUACCAAAUCUUAACUCGAUGUACUGUGUCUUACAGGAGCAUUAAAACCCUUCAACCUUUGUCACAU